AGAGUGUGAGAAGGUAGCAGGAGGACAGGCACAGAGCAGAGGAGGUGUUAACGCAGGUGGAGGACAGCUGGCCAAACGCAGGUUAUGUCUGGAUUAAUAUUUAGCCUGAGGGCGAGCAGCUCAUGGCCCUGCAGCCGUGUGACCCGGCUGAGCAGCCUGAAGCUCUCCAGGAACAGCUCGUCCAAAAUGUCGUCAGAUGCCCACUGGCUCUCCCCUGCAGACCGGGAACAGCUGGUGAUGGAGCUCCGGGCCUCAGGCUGGAUGGAAGUGGAGGACCGUGAUGCCAUCUUCAAAGAGCUUCACUUUAAAACCUUCAAUCAGGCGUUUGGCUUCAUGUCCCGGGUGGCUCUGCAGGCAGAGAAGAUGAACCAUCACCCAGAAUGGUUCAAUAUUUAUAAUAAGGUUCAGAUCACACUGACGACACACGACUGUGGAGGACUGUCGAAGCGGGACAUCAAAAUGGCCAAGUUUAUUGACAAAGUUGCACUUUCCAUGUGAUGUUUUUAUCUUUAGUUUAAGGUUAAAUUCUGCUCCGUCACAGCUUUUCCACUUCUAACACCUGUUCUUCUCCUGCAAAGAAUUAUUCCUCACUAAAGAAAUGCAUUUUGUCUUCCACGUCAUAAAAUCUGUGAAAAUUUGUGUCAGUUUGUGUACAGCAUAUUUUCUACAAACUUUCUGUAAAGAAUAAAGCUUUUGUGAAA